GUCAGCCUCCAUGGCAUUUAAAUUGUUCGAACGAUUUCGUUCAACGAAAAUGUGUCAUAAUUCCAUAAUUUUCUUCAGGAAAUGUGUAAAUGUAAAACCCAGAGUAUUUUCGUAUAGCACUUUGUUGACAGUUCUUGCUGCCAACACAAAUGAAAGCGAUGGUGGGAAAUUACAGCCUCCUGAUCCAAGCAAACUGACCCAUGGCUACUUGAUAAGAAAUGCGGCGUCACAGACGAUUGACUGCGUAUCUACACUCAUCACGCAAACAGCCUUGGCAAUCAUAGAAACUGAAACAAUAUACAAGGAAUCCGUGGAUUUGCUGUCGGAACUCCUGGAAUACCAACUGAUGAUUCUUGGAAUUGAGACAUCUGAAAAUCAACAGAGGACAUGGGACGCGAUUCUGGCAAUACGGGCAAAACUUAACACAGCUAAAUUUAAAAGACAGGAGCUGUUCUUGUUAAUGUCUAGUGUUGAGAAGCUUGUCCAUGAUGCAGGGGAAGUCGCUUUUAUAGCUGGAUCAGAGUAUUCAGCCACAUGUUCAGCAGAGAGACUCCAGAGUGCCAAGAUACAGAUCGGCCUAGUGAGGGAAGGGUCAUCUGCUGCCGAGAAGAGGCUACAAGACCUUGAGAUCCAGGUCAUAGAGAAGACUUCGAAACACGAGCAGAAGAAAACAAAACAGGACAAAGAAUCUGAUGAUGUAGAAGCAGAAACAGAAAACGUUUCCGAAGACAACAUGCCGAUGUCUACAAAAGACGCUAAGUCCACAGAAGACUUUAUGUCUGAGUCUUCAGAAGAGAGUUUGAUCACGUGACCUCUCUGUGACUUCCACUCUUUGCAGUAACUUUACAUUGUCAAUGUAAUUUUAUAUAAUAUAUAUAUAUAUAUAUA